AUGCGAUUUUGGCUUAGCGCGGCUUUCUCUUUGGUACUCGUAGUGUACGUGGCUAAUGGCGCUAAAAUUACAAACACCUCGACUCCAGUUCGCACCAACAGAAAUGGUGAAACAAUUGUAUGCAACCAGUACAUUGGACAGGGAGUUGAAACUAGCGAAGCUAUCAAGAAACUUGAUGAGAAGUUAGACCAGCUAAUUAAACUGCUACAGCCCCCUGCUUUUCCAGGUAAGAUGCAUUCAAUUAUAGCUCCUAAUUUCCAUGACUUCAUCUCCGAAAGUUUACAUUUUCUAGCUCUUUAUGUAAUCCCAGUCAAUUUAAAAGUAAAGCAACCAUGACGACUAAGGCAACAAAAAAGUUGGUCUGCACGUGCAUCACAUUUUCUGGUAUCUUUUUAUCGAAAUCCACUGCUCCAGGGUAAGAAGGAAAAGAAACAAUGAGUACAAUUUCAUAAAGGAGCACGAAAUUUCAAAACAAAAAUAUCAAAUGGUUCACGCGAUUUCGGUUGCCAAAGCUUCUUAAGAUGUCGACUGUCGUUCGAGGCGAUGUACGUUUUUUUCACUCAUUUUAGUAGCUUUAUCUGAUCCUCAUUAGUACAACAGUUAGUACAAAAUGGUCACAUGACCCUGCUGGCCACAUGAUCAGUGGUCAUGUGACCUAGUACAGUCGCCAUUUGGACAAAGACAACGAUGUUGAUGCUGUCGACUGAAACGACUAUUUGAAAGGAUUUACCUUGUUUAAUAAAUUCAUUUUUUGUGACAUACACUGUAGCUAAUAUCGUUAUCUUACUUCUUACAGCUUCAACGUGCAAAGACAUUUAUGAAAAGAAUUUGUAAGUACAAGCGAUAGAAAAUAACCUACUACAAAAAGACACUGAGCCGCAAAUUUUGAAAUAUACUUUUAAAAUUUCCGAGCGUUCAAAACUAAAAUUGCUAAAAUUUCUUCUUAAUUUUCUUUACCAACUGGCAAGUCAAAUACACGAAAAACGGGGAAGUCAAAGUUAAGAAAAUUUUCUGGAUAACAAACAAUAGUAACUGCUAUAAAAUCAGUAACAAAGUAUCGACGAAAUUAAAAUGAGAAAAAUAGCAGUAAAUCAAAUACUUAAACACCGAAGGUCAGUAACAAACGAAGAAAAGAAACUUAAUGAAUUUAUUCAGGAGUGUUCGCUAUAGUCAAUUACAGUGUUUUUUUGUGUAGUCAGUGAAAUGUACUAAAUCUCUGAUCUAUAUAAAAAUUGGAUUUCCUGAUAUUUAUACAAGACUCUGAACUUAGGUGAAUGGUGAAUAAAGGCAUUCUAUCUCGUCUACAAAACCUCAGAAUUAUAAACAAAUGUCAGUAACGUAACUGUCACAUAAAAACUAUAAAAUAUGAAAUACAAAUUAGACACAAUUCUCUCCCUCUCCAGAGGAAGGGUUAUAUAGAUAUCGAGCUUUCCUAGGCUUUGCACAAACAUUUCGUAACGCCGUUGCAGCUCAACUGCGGCGAUCCCGACCCGAUUCCAAAACAUAUUCUUACACCCAUUACAAAGAAAAACAUUACAAACAAAACUACACAUAAUUCUAAUUUCUUCACAUAAUUCUCAACAACAGUCUUAUUCAGGACUACGUUCACCCGGACGAUCAAACUCAACCUACUUUUGACAUAAUUCUAAAUUCGCCAAAUUUCUUGAGAAACUAGGCUGCUUUACCAAACAGAAGAAAACUAUGUCAUUCUGAAUGAACUUAACCAUUUUGGUGGCAUGUUUGUCUGACCAGGUCCAAAGGAAACACAGCGUAUUUGCUGGAUGUUGGGUCUACAAAGGUUCCCGUAUACUGUCACAUGACCACGCAUGGUCUUGAUGAAUGCGGAGGAGGUGGAUGGACGCUGGUCAUGAAGAUCGAUGGCUUAAAGGUAUUAAAAGUUAAAAUGUUCAAUAGCUGAUUAACUACGUGGUUACUCAUCAACAAGCUUACUCCCCCUAUUAAGGUAAACUUUUAAUGCUAGAGGAAAAUGCAAGGGCGCUCUUCAGCGACGCACGUCAACCGGAAGUGAUGUUUUUCCCUUUUAUUAUGCCUUAAUGCUAGCAAAUUUCUAUUGCUAAGUGUGUUGACUCUAAUACAGACGAUUUGCCCAAAAAUUUCGGCAAAACUACUGCCCAAGAAUGCAAAGGCUCUACUUUCGGUUGACGUGCGUAGCUUAAAAACGCUUUUGCUUCAUCUUCCAAGUGAGACCAAUCGAAACGACUAGACGUGUAUGGCUUUCAGAAAAUCUUUCAGAGCCCAAACAGAUACAACAGCAAACUGACAAACUACUCUUUGUUUCAAAUGCACCCAGAAAACCUUUCACUACAAUUCUAAACUGUGGAGCAACAAAGUCGACUUCAACCUUCCAGGAGGGAAGACUGGGUUUGACACUCACGAGACCAAGUUACCGACUUAUUGGAACACACCGUUUAACAAGAUCUGUCUUGGAAUGAAGAUCGGUCAGGAGCUCAAGUCUGUUGUCAUCAACCAUCAAGCCAGAUCCCUGUAUUCACUGAUCGCAGAUGGCAAAUAUCGCGCCUCUUCACUGGGCCGUAACACGUGGAAGAAGCUCAUUGGGCCUCGCGCCUCUUUACAACCCAACUGUAACAAGGAAGGAUUCAACGUUCUAUGCACGGAUAGCAACCACUCCAAAGCGAGAAUUGGUAUCGUUGGAAACGAGCAAAAUAAUUGCAUCAGCUGUGACUCCAGAAUCGGGUUUGGCACUGGAGGGUACAGUGAUGAUUCCAACACGUGUGGCAACCAGCCACAUCGCGAUCAGCACAUCAAAGCAAUGGGAUACAUCUUAGUCCAAUAACAGCUGUAAUACGCAGAAACAGCCUUCAAAUGGCCUCAAAAUGCAACUAAGAAACUGUUGAUUGUUGUUUAUAAGCGGUUUUAAAGUAAAUCUAUAAUUAAGGAUUUUGUAACACUGGGAUGAAAUAAAAUGUUGCUCGACGCCAUAAAGACGGUUUCAUUGAUAACUACGCUUUUCUGUACUGUUUUAUUUGGAUUAAUGCAGUUGUAGAUUAUUGUUGUCAAUGUUGUGUCAACUGAGCAAAUAUUACAAGAUAACAAAAGAAAGCGGCAAACAUUUUUCACGCUGACUCAGCUAUAUUUGAAGCAAAAUUUGGUCCACCACCAAUAAACGUACACCAUUCACAUAAAAUAAAAAUUUUAUUUCAAUGGAUAUAUUAACUGAAGAGAAGAGAAAAAAAACCUUUAGUUACUGAUGAAGAAAAAAAAUCAGUUACAAACAUGAGUCGAUCUGAGCAGAUUUCAUCAUCCACUACAUAACACGUGCUGCUAUACCACAGAAAAGAUAUAACCAUGACCAAACACUUCACAUACUCUUUCCAGAAAAAUGGUUCUUAUUGUUUCAGUCCCAGCUGAAUCAGUUGUCGAUAGUUGUCAAUUGCACACUAAUCUCAAAUGCAAAGGAGAGUAUAUAAAAAUACAAUUUUGACAUCCAAUGCACCCUUAUCAUACCGGGGGAAGCAUUUGCACCAGGUUGCUUCAUCGUUAUCGGUGAAGAAGUGCCUAAGUGGAACAAUCCCGCAUAGUUUAACAGCAAAUGACACAUGAAUUGCAUGAAUGCAAAUUAAAUUUCUAAAUCAGUGCGCAUAGUCUAAACUGUUCUCAUAAUGUGGUAAAAGCGUAUCGGGGCCAUCGGGUAUUAUGUGGAACUAAUGGGGGUUUCAAAACGUAAUUUACUGUUGUUUCCAAUUUCUCCUGGAUAUAACAGUCGUCCCAAGGGAAAUUGAAGACAAUGCUAAUGCAAAAUUUUGGAGCGUAGGAGAGGUUUAUUGGGAAUUGUGAAAAUGUUGAAUUGUUUUUAUUGACUAAGCCUUAAAAAGCAAAAGAACUGCAUUUCAGAGAGCUGUAAAUAAUUACAACGUAUUUAUGUGGUAGCAGAAGAAAAAAAGAUUAGAUUAAAUGGAUAAAGAAGAAACACAGUCUGUAUAAGCUACAUUAUGACCGGCCAAUAACACGAGACAUUCAAUGUGAAAAGUUUAUUUAGAAUCGCAUAAUUGAAUAAAAUCUCGCAUUCUGAUUGGUUAACGAAGCGAGGCAUUUCAGUGGCCGAUCCAAGGGAGGGGCCCGGGGGGCGCGGCCCCCCCUUAUCUAAGGGUCUGGAUGACCGGCCUCCCCCCCUCUCCUAAUCUCAAGGUCUGGAUCUGGCACUGUUUUUAAUGCGACUGUUUCACGAACAAAGUUCAUUAGUUGGAAAAUACCGCACAGUUCAACAGCAAAUAACAUACGAAUUGCACAUAUUCACUGUGAUAGUUCGUAUCCGGCCUCUGAAAGCUAUUCUUUGCAUAGCUAGGAGUAAAAGAGCCAAAUUAAAUGUCAAAAUCCGUAUUCGCGGUCUAAACUGUUCAAAUUGACCAUUUUUGUGUUGCCCAUUAAACACCCUUCAGUCUACAAAGUUUUGCAUAUUAACCGUUGUUUUCAAUUUUUCCUGGGUAUAACAGACAUCCAAGGGAAAUAGAAGACAAUCCUUAUGCAAACUUUGAGGGCGUACAGCGAGGUGUAUUAUGGGUAAUGUGAAAAUGGUAAAUUGCCAAUAUCAGCAAAACAACUGCAUUUCAGAGAGCCAUAAAAUAUAAAAGCCGAUUGGUGAUAAUAUCAGAAAAAAGAUUACAUUAAAUGAUAAAUAAGAAACACAAGCUCUAUAGGUUACUUAGUCGCAUCUCUUUCCGCCACAUAAACGAAUAUCAGGAGAAAAUAUUUCUCCGCAAAUAUUUUCACGCUUUUUUAAAACGAUUAAAAACGUACGAAAACACCCGGUAAUUUCCACAGAGAGUAACGCAACAUUGAAUCGAUCACUUUCGUGGUUAUUCUGGCUCCAGAGGUCACGCGAGCAAUCUCUUGGGGAGACCGGGCUUCGGGGGAAAAGAAGAGUUUCUCCUUACCCUCCCCUUCCUACUCUGCUCCCGCACACAAAUGUCUGAUGUAUCCUUAGCCAGUCAUCCAUGUAGUGAUUAAAUAGCAAGCCAUAAAUUCAUUGGAGAAACUCAAUUACAACAAAAAAAGCUUGUCUAAAUGAAGACUUGUCUAAAUGAGGGAAAGAUUUCAAACUAAUUCACGAUUUAAGCUGUAAACGGUUGAGACCCUUAACUUCCGUAUUCCCAUGCUUUAAGUCAUUUAUCAUUCUAUGAAUUUUCUGCUUUGUCUUUAUACGUAAAGAAACUGAGGCACGGCUAUAAACAGCCGUCUGCUACAAACAAAAUUUAUACAGAGCACGGUGUGUGCCUUCAAGCACAAUUUUCGUCUACUUUUAUAAGUUACUCCCAAAGAAUUUAAGAGCUUUCAAUGAACAUUACUGCAAAUUUAGCGUUCAAACUGCUAGCGCUUACGGGUGAGAUUUCACCGCCGUCAUUUUAAACAGAGUAUGAUGAACCAGGUAAUUAAUUAAUUAAUAUCUCGACUGGAAAAUUUUCUUGUCUUUAAUACGAGUCAAAGCUAAAAAAAAAAAAGAGACUCAGCAUUGUGGAGUACAAGUAUUCCGGUUCAAGGAACAUUACAGAAUAUUAUAGUUUACUCGAUAACAAACGCUUCAACACAGCUAACUUAAAUCGAAAGAUGAGAUCUUGGUUCAUUUUAGCUUUUUCUCUGUUGCUUACGGCAAACGCAACGAAUGGAACGAAAAAUACCGAUGGCAAAUCAUUUAUCUGCAACCAGUACAACGGACAUAACUCUGAAACAAACCAAGCAAUCAAGAAAAUCGACAAAAAACUGGAUCAGAUAAUUGAAAUGCUACAGCCUUCUCCUGAUAGCGGUAAGAAAUUCUUUGAACAGCGUUUUGUGAUGAAUUUAUUAUGAAAUAGUUCGAGACUUCAGGAGUGAUAAACCUGAAUAUAAACCAUGAAAAAAUAUCUCAUAUCUCAAAGUGUUUCUUACAGAAUGGUGUGGAAAGUCUUCUUUUUACAAAUAACACGCUUUAUGUCCUUUUAUUUUCAGGUCCCACAGCUUCAACGUGCAAGGGAAUCUAUACCAAGAACUUAUACGUAUAUACGUCUACAAACAGUCAUAACAAAAACUUUCAGGAAAACAAAUUGGUUCCGGAAUAAAGUUCGUAUCGGUAAAUUUAUGUAACUACUAUGGAAAAUUAUUAGUGUGGGUUUCAUUUGAUGUAGGCAAACAUUGCAGCGCUAAAAUCCCUUAAAACACUAAAGCUUGAACUGAUUUUAAAAAAAAAGAGAAUUGCUUCUGAAUAUUCUUCAGUAUUUUAAAAAAUAAAAAGUGAAAAUUGGUGCCCUGAUGGUUACAAAUAAACUAAAAUACCGAGAAGAAAAUGGUAAGAAAAUAAUAAGAAUGAAAUAGAAAACUCAGACAAUUUACGAAACACUCAAGCUGGAAGGAUAGUUUAUGAAUCACUAACUUAAGUGGAUUGAACAGUUAUCAUAUAUAUGGCGGUAAAGAAGAGUCCUUCUCAUCGACAAAGUCAGUAAUAACAACACUACACGAUAUUUCUAUAAGAUUAUUCAACUUCGACCAAACAUUGCUGAUCUGAUAAGACAGAUUUCUUUUACAAGAAUUCUGAUUUUCCAUGGCGUCCUAACUUUAACAGAAAUAAACAAACAAGCUGGGAGUAAUCAGUAAAGUGGUAUGUUUUAACGGGUCCAGUGAAAAUAAAGCGUAUUUGCUUGAUGUUGGAUCUGCAAAGAUUCCCGUAUACUGUCACAUGACCAAGCAUGGGCUUAAUACAUGCGGAGGAGGUGGAUGGACGCUGGUCAUGAAAAUCGAUGGCACAAAGGUAUUAAAAGUUAAAUGUUUUCACAAGUUGCCACGUUUGUCAUCACCUCAUUCCCAAUAUAAAGGUAAACUUACAAUGUAAGUCACAAGUCCACGUGAAAUGAAAGAAAAGGAAUCUAGUACGUGUAGGUUUGAAAAGUUUUAGCUUAAGUAGUACAAGCUAUGAAGAGAAUAAUAUGUGAGGACUUCGCAACAAGACCAGUGAAAACCAAGGCGAGACUGUAUCAUAUUUCUCAAAAGGAUAAAACAGCAAAGUGAUAGUAUUCUUUAUGAAUGAGUUAACUGACUUUUUUUUUCUAGAAAGCCUUUCACUACAAUUCUAAAUUGUGGAGCGACAAAGUCGACUUCAAUCUUCCAGGAGGGAAGACUGGGUUGGACACUCACGAGACCAAGUUACCGACUUAUUGGAACACAGCGUUUAACAAGAUCUGUCUUGGAAUGAAGAUCGGUUAG